ACAUCUCGCGAAAAGUAAUGAUUAUUUCGGUCCACGGGCGCCUAGUUCCGCAUACUCCCGCUGUGGCGCUGCGCACGGGAGUGCGAUGGCGAUGUAUGUACCUCGUUAUAGACUGUUAAAACGUAUUAUCAGUGGUUUAAAUUGAAAAAUUGCGGAUGCGUUUAGUGUAAGUGGACACAGAGGUGUGAUUGUGGUGCGUUGUUUAGUUGAAAAUAGGUUGCGAACGGCUGGAAUUGUGUCCGCGAAGUUAGCUCGCAUCGGCAUCGUCGUCCAUUUGUGCUCCGAUUUGCCAGGGAUGUGCGGGCGGGUCGUGUGAGGCUGGCGUAUCGCGCCUCAAGUGAUUUUCCAUUGAUUUCGGACAUUAACAAUGGAAAUGCGAUGAAAAGUGGUUUCGGAACAUGUAUUCAGUGCGUUGGAAGCGUAUCGACCGUCGGCCGUUGAAAUCUGGCCAUAUUCUCCACGCCGGCACAGCGCCCGAGGUCGCGCCUCGCAGUACGAUAGCCGCGAGUCGCGAACAUUAAUCUCUCGCUGGCCAUCCAAACUUUUGUUAUGAAUCUUGCAUUUAGUAGCGAGAGUUUGCGUACCGCGCAAAAUGCUCCAUAUCCCAGCCCGGACGGCAUUUACGCAAAAGUCGGCUAUCUAAGCGCAAUACAUUACUAAUGGCGCUUGGAAGGCUCAUCAUAAUCCUGACCGUCGUGGUAGUCGCGAUAGGCGAGUACAGCCAUGAAGUCGAAGCAGAAAAUAAAGCGAAGAAAACCCUGGCGACGGAAAAAGACCAGAGGUCGCGGUCGGCGAGUAGAGGGUCCUUCCAGAAACUAGGGGAGUUUAUGGCGAACAGGACAGGGCAGGAUAAUAGCAGGAAGCCGCGGAGAGGGAAGCAGAAUCUGCGGAAGGUUUUGGAGGCGUUGGGCCCUCGGAAGCACGAUGACCACAAUAUGAAUAACAUGAUGAACGACAACGAGGGUGCCAUCGCGGUCAAUCAGAAGACUACUCCGGACAACGAGUCGGAUCCUUUAUCGAGGAAGAUGAAGGAGUUGAGAGGGGGCGGUCCGGCUUACGAGGCUACGAACAGGCAUAGCCCUGUUUCUCAGGCUACGGGAGUGUUUUGCAACUUUGAGACAGUGGUGAACGGUUCUGUGGUGGACUUGUGUAUGUGGCAGUGGAAUGCGACUGUAUCCAGGCGUGGACUGGGCUUCAGCGUGGCCACGGCCGCGGAGGUCCGGAUCAUGAACGAAACCACCAGGGGCUUGACGUUCGGGGGCCCGAAGACGGACGCCGAUGGGAAUGUGGGGGGUCAUUUCCUGUACCUCCCCGUGGACCCCACCAUGGAAAAUAUGGUGAUCAAGUCACCGCCCUUCAGAGGGCUUUGGGAGUUCUGCAAGUUCGAAGCUCAUCUCCACCAGAGCCGGAUGCAGAACGCCAGCAUCAAGCUGGUCUCCGAGUCCACCAGUACCGAGGUGCAGUGGAUCCUACAAGAGGUGGCUGGGAACAACUUUGAGGAGUGGUAUCCUAUGCAGUUCCUGGUGGGGAAGGUGUUACAAGAAGUGCGGAUCAUCAUAGAGAUCACCCGCCCUAACAUGGUGAACCCGCCGCUUCCUCUGCCCCAUAUUGCUAUAGACAACAUCAGGAUGGUGGACUGUCUGCCGGAGCCCCCAGUCUUUAAUGGGGAGUGCCUGGUGGGGCAGCUGAAGUGCAAGAUUAUGAAUAAAGACUCGUGCAUCAAGCUGCAGCAAGUCUGCGACCUGGUCAAGGACUGCGAUGAUGGAGCUGAUGAGAAUCAAAAUUGUGACAAAAUGCCGUACGGAUCGUAUUGCAACUUCGAGCAAGAUGCCUGCGGCUUUGAAAACGUGCCUCAGCCGAUCCUAAGAUGGUCGAGGCACAACGGGCCUACCCCUACAGACAAAACUGGCCCGAAUUUCGACCACACCUGCGGUCCCCCUGACCCUUACCCCACCCCUAUGAUCCCCCCAUUAGUCCCAGCUCACAUGAACUUCAGUUUGUCCACGUGCGUUGGAUACUACUUCUUCGUGAACAUGAACGUGACCGGGCCCAAUAAGGAAAAGGCGGAUUUCGCUUCGACGGCGACUAUCAGGACUGUGGUCUUCAACCCACCCCCUAUGGUGCAUGGGAACCUCACUUCGAAGUACUACAAUUGCUGUAUGAUAAGGUUCUAUUACCAACAAAACGGGCGCAACUACGGCUCGCUCAGCGUCGAAAUGGUGGAGCUGACCAGGAACGGGAACAACACCAAAUCCAUCUGGUUCUCCACCAAGGACAAGGGCGAGAACUGGUACCGAGCCUCGAUAUUCCUCCCCAACACCACUUCGAAAUACUACCUCGUGUUCAAGACACGAAUGGGUAUGCGUAUCUACUCAGACUCCGCCAUAGAUGACUUCUCUAUGGCACCGGAGUGCUUCGGUCUAAACAUAGACAAGGCAGAGCUAGGGGAUUACAACUACUACGACCCCAUGCUGGAGGAAAAGACGACCACUCAUCCUGCAUUCUUGAACAAAAUAUUCUACCGUUUCACCACCUGCGGGGCAACCGGUCGAUACGGCCCCAACCAGACGAUGUGCGACGCGGCCUACAACAACACGUCCGUCACCGUGUCGGUCAUCCAGACCCCGCCGCAUCAGGGGAUUCAAGUGUGGGAGGUGCCUGCUGAGGGGUUGUAUACGAUCAUAGCCACGGGCGCGUCGGGCGGGCUGGGCUCCGCUUGGGCGGGCGUCUCGCACGGGGCGCAGGCGCGCGGUCUCUUCGAGCUUCACCGCAGCGAACACGUUUAUAUGCUGGUCGGGCAGCAAGGGCUUAACGCCUGCAAGAAGACUCUGUCAGCGCAAGAGAGCCAGGACUGCUCCAAGAAGCAGAACGACUCUCUCCAGAUCUUCACCAGCAAGACGCACGAGGUCAGGAACACCCACGUCACGGACGGAGGCGGCGGCGGCGGUGGAGGCACUUAUGUGUUCUUGCUGGACAAAGAAGGCCACUCAGUGCCGCUGCUAGUCGGCGGUGGCGGCGGCGGCAUCUCAGUCGGAGUGUUCCGCGAUGACGGGUCGCAACAUGCCCGCGCGCAUACGAACGCUACCCCCGAGUCCGGGUAUAUGUACGGACAGCCGGGGCGGACUUCUGGUGCCGGCGGCGGCUGGGUCGGCCGCUCGGGUCCAGUAACACCAGGUCACGAGGCGGUACGAGGCGCGGCGGUGCGCGAGGGCGGCGCGGGCGGGCUGGCGUGCGCGGGCGCGGCGCACGGCGGCUUCGGCGGCGGCGGCGGCGGCUGUCUGCGCGGCGGCGGCGGCGGCGGCUGGCUGGUAACACCAGGUCACGAGGCGGUACGAGGCGCGGCGGUGCGCGAGGGCGGUGCGGGCGGACUGGCGUGCGCGGGCGCGGCGCACGGCGGCUUCGGCGGCGGCGGCGGUGGCUGUCUGCGCGGCGGCGGCGGCGGCGGCUGGCUGGUAACGCCAGGUCACGAGGCGGUACGAGGCGCGGCGGUACGCGAAGGCGGCGCGGGCGGGCUGGCGUGCGCGGGCGCGGCGGCGGCGGCUUCGGCGGCGGCGGCGGCGGCUGGCUGGGCGGUACGAGGCGCGGCGGUGCGCGAGGGCGGCGCGGGCGGACUGGCGUGCGCGGGCGCGGCGCACGGCGGCUUCGGCGGCGGCGGCGGCGGCUGUCUCCGCGGCGGCGGCGGCGGCGGCUGGCUGGUGGACGCGGCGCACGGCGGCUUCGGCGGCGGCGGCGGCGGCUGUCUGCGCGGCGGCGGCGGCGGCGGCUGGCUGGUAACACCAGGUCACGAGGCGGUACGAGGCGCGGCGGUGCGCGAGGGCGGCGCGGGCGGGCUGGCGUGCGCGGGCGCGGCGCACGGCGGCUUCGGCGGCGGCGGCGGCGGCUGUCUGCGCGGCGGCGGCGGCGGCGGCUGGCUGGGAGGCAACACGAACGAAGGCGAGGGCCAGCACGGCAGCGGCGGCUGGUCGCAUAUCAGCAACGCGCGAGCUGUCAGAGAGUACUCCGAGGUCACCAUCGCUUCCCACAUCGGACCUGGAGAAGUUCUCAUCAUACCCGCUAUUCACGACUGCGGCUGCGACUACCGCUGCGUGGCGCUGAACGAGUUUCGCAGCCAGGUUCGUUGCUACUGCCCCUCGUCCUGGAGCACCGACGUCCACGACGACACCAAGUGUAUACUGGAGGAAUCAUGGCCGCGCCUGUCUUUGGUACUGCUGGUGGUAAUGGGCGUGGCAGUGUUCGUAUCCGCCCUUGCUGUGCUUUGCGUCUGCCUCUACUUGUACAACGCCUACCAACGCAGAAAGGAGACGGAACUCCGUCAAAAGCGCCUCCUAGAACAGGAGGUUCAACUCCACCGUCUCAGGAAUGCUCCCGGAGGCAAUGAGAAUCCCCUCAGUAUGGCGUUCAACCCCCAUUACGGGAGCGAGAGCAUCCUGCCUCAGGGGAUAGAUGUUAGGGGCCUGCCGCAGGUGUCUAGGGAGAGCCUGAAGCUGGUCAAGGCUUUAGGCCAGGGCGCCUUCGGCGAGGUCUACCAAGGCUUGUACAGGCAUCGAAACGGCGACGCAGCAGAAAUGCCGGUGGCUGUCAAGACCUUACCAGAGCUAUCCACCGGCCAGGCGGAGUCAGACUUCUUGAUGGAAGCCGCCAUUAUGGCGAAGUUCAACCACCCGAAUAUUGUACACCUGAUCGGUGUAUGCUUUGAUAGGCAUCCUCGCUUCAUAGUCCUAGAGCUGCUCGCAGGCGGGGACCUAAAGAACUUCUUACGGGAGAGUCGCCCCAAGCCGGAGCGGGCCAGUGCUCUCACCAUGAAGGAUCUGCUGCUGUGCUCCUUGGACGUCUGCAAGGGCUGCCGGUAUCUGGAGGCCAAGAGGUUUAUACACAGGGACAUAGCAGCACGGAACUGCCUGCUAACCUCCCGCGGUCCAGGUCGCGUGGUCAAGAUAGCGGACUUCGGCAUGGCCAGAGACAUCUAUAGAGCUGACUACUACAAGAAGGGAGGCAAGGCCAUGCUGCCCAUCAAGUGGAUGCCGCCGGAGGCGUAUAUUGACGGGAUAUUUACCAUAAAAACUGAUGUUUGGUCAUUCGGAGUGCUGCUAUGGGAGGUAUUCUCUCUAGGCGUGAUGCCGUACACGGGCUGCGCGAAUAGAGAGGUCAUGGAGAUGGUCUCUGGCGGCGGACGCCUGGAGAAGCCUUAUGGCUGCCCGCAAGACAUCUAUCGGCUGAUGUGCGAGUGCUGGAACCCCACGCCCUCCGAGCGGCCCUCCUUCGCCGGCAUGUUCGACCGCCUGCAGAGGUUCUCGCAGGGCAUCAGUGGAAGCCCAUGA